AUGACCUCCCGCCCGACGCCUCCAGAGUCACCCCAGGACACGCGCGCCUUCGAAGACGCCGUAUCCAGGAACCCUUCUGAAUGGUUUCACUUCUGCCAACAGGCAUACGCCUACAUGGAGUCACAAGACACCCAGAUUGCGAACCUUUCCGAUCAUAUAACGACACUAGACGAGAGAACAGCUAGCCUCGAAACUAAGAUUAUUGAGGAGAGUGCGGCCAACCGGAACCUUCUUGCUCAGAUGAAGGAUAAGGAUAUACAGAUUAUCGAAGCAACCGUGACCGCCCGACUCGCUCAGCAAGCUAGCUUACCGACCGUGAGAGUAAUCACUCCGGAGGCUUCAGGAACAUCCCCGGCUGAAGAGACCACAGCUCCUCACUUGGGAACGACUCCGCCGCCUGCUGCCGGAUCUACCACCUCCUCCCGACUCUCUGAGAAGCUUCCCGACCCUGAUAAGUUUGAAGGAUCCCGCUCCGAUCUCCGCCGUUUCCUACACCAAGUCCACGCAGAAAUGACAGCCAACGCCGACCGACUCCCUACCACUACGAGCCGGUUAACGUACGUGGCCGGUAGGCUCACCGGGAAGGCAUACGCCUUGAUACUCCCCCGCACCGUCUUUGGAAUCCCACAGUUUAGCGACUACCCCGAACUCCUGACUUAUCUCGAAAACGCGUUCGGCGACCCUGACCGCGUCCAGAACGCCCAGAACCGCCUACACCAGCUCCGCCAGAGGCACCAAGACUUUAGCACGUAUUUCUCGGAGUUCCAACGCCUCGCCUUAGAGGGAGAAAUGGCUGAUAGUAACUUGACACCACUGCUGUUCCAAGGAAUAUCCCGCGAACUACAGGAUAUGCUACUUCACAACCCACCCCCUAGCCGGGAGUUCCACCAGUACGCCAACCACCUACAGACUCUAGACAACCGAUACCGCCAACACCAGCAACAAAUCCAGCGUAGCCAACCCCCGAGACCGACUCUACACCAAAACCAUAGACAAACCUCCCCGCGCAGGGGACGUAGCCCUCCGAGCCACGGCCCGCCACGCCACACGAUGCCCGCCGUCGCACCCGUCAACGACCCCAUGGACCUGAGCAACCAACGCCGCCCCUGGGGGCCAAACCGGAGGGAGAAAAACCUCUGCUUCCGCUGUGGCUCCGAUAGCCACCAUAUUCGAGACUGCCGGAAGCCAGAUACCAGACGCACCCAAGCCCGAUUUGCCGCUUUAAAUAACGAAGACCUGUCCCCUGCUAGAUCCCCUGACUCUCCCGCACUAGAUAGUCGGAAAUCAACACCUUCCCCAGACCGCACGGAAAACGGAGUGAGCCUGCCCUAA